UCGCGGGUGUUUUUGCUUGUUUUACGUGCAGUUGCGGCGAGCCAGGCUUGAUUACUCCGGAAAUCGCACCACCUUCAGAACGGUGAACAAUUAAUCUGGAGAGUCUGAAUCCUGCGGUUUAUAUAUAGCGGACGAAAGGACUGUGAGUCGUCUGCGGAGUUGGAGGAGAGGAGCUCCGAACCGCGGAGAAAUGAGGCGGACGUGACGUCACAAUGACAUGAUGAAGAGCCUGGUGGGGAUCAUGUGGAUAGUCUUGGUGCUCAUAUCAGGAUGCUCAGGAAACCCAGACGCGAAGCGACUGUACGACGACCUCCUCUCAAACUACAACAAGCUGGUCCGACCGGUGGUGAACGUGACCGAUGCUUUGACGGUGAAAAUCAAGCUGAAGCUUUCGCAGCUGAUCGAUGUGAACCUGAAGAAUCAAAUCAUGACAACGAACCUCUGGGUCGAACAGUCGUGGUACGAUUACAAGCUCAAAUGGGACCCGAAGGAGUACGGAGGCGUCGAAAUGUUGCACGUGCCGUCGGACCACAUAUGGCGACCCGACAUCGUCUUGUACAACAACGCCGACGGGAAUUUCGAGGUGACAUUAGCGACCAAGGCAACGUUGAAUUACACGGGUCGCGUUGAGUGGAAACCACCAGCGAUCUACAAGUCCUCUUGUGAAAUUGACGUCGAGUAUUUCCCCUUCGACGAGCAGACGUGCGUAAUGAAGUUUGGCUCAUGGACCUACGAUGGUUUUCAGGUCGACCUGAGGCACAUAGACGAGAUUCGUGGGAGUAACGUCGUUGAAAUCGGAGUAGAUUUGUCGGCGUUCUACACGUCGGUUGAAUGGGAUAUCCUGGAGGUACCGGCGGUGAGGAACGAGAAGUUCUACACGUGCUGCGACGAGCCCUACCUCGACAUCACGUUCAACAUAACGAUGAGGCGAAAGACCUUGUUUUAUACGGUCAACCUGAUAAUACCCUGCAUGGGAAUAUCCUUCCUGACAGUUUUAGUCUUCUAUUUACCAAGCGACAGUGGGGAAAAGGUGAGUUUGUCCAUCUCGAUUCUACUGUCACUGACUGUGUUCUUCUUGCUGCUGGCAGAGAUUAUUCCACCAACUUCCCUGGUGGUUCCUCUCCUCGGCAAAUUUGUCCUCUUCACCAUGAUCCUAGACACAUUUAGCAUAUGCGUAACGGUCGUUGUGUUGAACGUCCACUUCCGCUCGCCUCAGACUCACACCAUGGCUCCAUGGGUCCGCAGAGUUUUCAUUCACGUUCUUCCUAGGCUGCUUGUAAUGCGCAGGCCGCAGUAUCAAAUCGACAAACGGAGUAUAGGCGGCCAUCACAAUCAUCGAGUAAUGGUGCGAACUUGCAACGGGCUGGAAUUAAGGGACCCAUCGCUCUUCGUCGAAGCCUCAGCGUCCGAAUUGGUCGAGUCUUCGGUUCUCUUCCCGAGUCUUGAUUCCCGGGACGAGUUGCACCCAAGGGAAUUGGAGGCCGUAAAUCUCGGGAGCACGUGUCGGAUCCACGGUUCUCCGGCUGCAGCAGCUCCCGUCGUUCCUCCGCCCCAGCUUCCGACUCAGGAAAGCGUCGACGCCCUUUGCCACUCUCUUCAUCACUGGCACCAUUGCCCCGAGCUCUACAAGGCCAUCGAGGGCAUCAGGUUCAUAGCCGAUCACACAAAAAGGGAGGAGGAUUCCACCCGGGUGAAGGAGGACUGGAAGUACGUAGCGAUGGUGCUCGACAGGCUCUUCUUGUGGAUAUUCACGCUAGCCGUCGUCGUCGGGACAGCUGGGAUAAUUCUCCAGGCUCCGACGCUCUACGACGACCGCAUGCCCAUCGAUAUUAAACUAUCCGAAAUCGCCUCCACCACUGCCAAACCACACAUCGCCCCAAUUCUUUGAGGGACGAUCACUGCCCCGUUUACACCCUCGUUUUUGACCACCGUUGAACCAGCAGACGCUUCGCUGUAUGCCUAGAAAAACGAAUGGAAAAAUAGACUGAUCACGAUCACAGACGAAUUGCACCCAAAUCCAGUGCUUGCACAUUGCAAUAAUCACGGGCCUGAACGACAGUAUAAAUAAUCGAGCCUGUUGUGACUUUGCGGCAGAGGAGAUUAACGGAUUUAAAUGGGUUUACCGAACAACCGUAAAAAGUUGCUUACAUCGAAUUUUUGCUGCCGUACCUGAAAUCGCGGAAACGAAGUGUAUCCUAGGAUCAGGGUAGAUUCCAUACUUCCAUCGUCGACUUGAUCGAGUUAAAAUUGAACGCACGUUAUCAACACUGUGUCGACGUCACAUAUACAUACCUGUAAUUCAGUUUUCCGAUACCACGUUUUCUGACAAAAGAGGUCGCUGUUUUGUACGUACAAAGACAAAAAUUUUACACGAUUCAAGCGAAGACCAUGCAGAGAUCACUUUGUUUUAUGGAAAUUGUAGCAGGUACACGGGAUGAUCGAUGCUGGCUGCAGACUCGC